GAGGAUUUCUGUUCUUUUGCUUGUGACAGAAGAGGGAAGGAGGAGCAGGAGGAGCAGGAGAGGAGAUACGCCAUUCUCUCAGCUUCUUCUCGUUCGAGAAGAAAACGAGGAAUGGAGAAGGCGCUGACAAAGGUGGGGAGCUUUUGGCUAUCAAAGAAGGCCAAAGAGGAGAUCUCUUCCAUCAGCGAGGAUCUUUCUCGUUUCUCAGGUGCUGUGGAAGAGAAGGCGAAGUGGAUAUUUGAGAAGCUAAAAGGCAAACCCCCAAAAUCUCUCCCGGAUCUCCUUCGAGAACACAACCUCCCUCCUGGCCUCUUCCCCCGAAACAUCAUCUGCUACGAAUUCGACGAAUCAAAGUCAAAGCUCGUCGUUCAUCUUCCAUCCUGCUGCGAGGUAAGCUUUAAGGAUUCUUCAGUCCUCAGGUACUCGACACGCAUCAAAGCCCUUCUAUCCCGAGGGAAACUCGCCGGCAUCGAAGGGAUGAAGACGAGAGUUCUUGUGUGGGUUAAGGUCUCUCAGAUCUCUCUUGAAAGCUAUAAGUCUGACAAAGUUUGCUUCACUGCCGGAGUGAAGAAACUGAGGCCGAGAGAUGCCUAUGAGAUGCCUAAGGAUUCUGUCAAAGUAGAUGAGUUUUGAUGUUGGUUUUUGUCAUUUGUUUUUCUUGGACUGUUGUGAGGAUGCAUUGAUAUGGAACUUUGAUUAUGGGUGCAAGUGUUUGAUGAAAUGGAUUGAUAUAAUUUUGGAA